CAUGUCAAUUUAGGAAACGCGAUGUGUUCCUGAAAAUGUGUGUUUUCAUGUGAUAUCCAGUUAUUACUUUUAUAUUAAUAAUCAAGGAAUGUGACAAUAGUAUAGUCGUGAUAGAAAUAUAGUAUUAUUGAUCUAACAAGUGAUCUGAAGAGUAGGUAGAGUGAAGAUAAGUGAUCAUCAUGGUGCGAAGACGGUCAUAUAUUUUGGGCGCCAUGGCGUUUGCGGUGACGUGGGCAAUAGCCGCGGGCAGCGAUGCACAGGGAAUGUCAUCAACAGCUGCUACAGAGCGCGCGGCAACCACCGGGAGCUUCUGGCAGGGCUUCCUCGCCUCCUUAUCCGUCGUCAUAGUCUCCGAGCUCGGCGACAAAACCUUCUUCAUCGCAGCCAUCAUGGCCAUGAAGCACCCUCGCAUCAUCGUCUUCGCCGGCGCCAUAUCUGCCCUCGUCUUCAUGACAAUCCUGUCUGCCGCUUUCGGCUGGAUAGCGACGUACAUACCGAGGAUAUACACGUAUUAUAUCAGUGCGGCGUUGUUCGCCAUAUUUGGUAUCAAGAUGCUGAGGGAUGGAUGGAAGAUGGAUCCGAAUGAGGGUCAGGAGGAGUUGGAGGAGGUGCAGAGUGAAUUGAAGAAGAGGGAGGAUCAGGACGAAAAAGAGGAGACCUUAGACAUGCUAGAACAGGGUCAAGCAGAGAGCCGACGGCGGAAACGAAACGCCGUUAUUAAGGUGCUUCUACAAGCCGCGACCCUCACGUUUCUCGCCGAGUGGGGCGACCGGUCGCAGCUGGCGACAGUCGUGCUAGCGACGCGCGAGAACGCGGUCGGGGUCGUGGUCGGCGGCUCGCUGGGGCACGCGCUGUGUACCGGCCUGGCGGUCAUAGGAGGCAGAAUGGUGGCGCAGAAGAUUAGCGUUAGGACUGUGACAAUAAUCGGUGGCCUAGUGUUCCUGUUCUUCGCCGUGAGCGCGCUGUUCAUAGGCCCCGACUAAUAUAGACAAUUCUUACGUGUAAGUGACAAUAUGUAAUGUAUGUUGUAUAGUUCCUUUGUGCACUUAAU